UGAACCCCUUCCGGGUCGCUGACGGUAACUUCGACUCUGGAGGGAAAUUCUAGCGCCUGCAUCGCUGAGCGCUUCUCGUCCCGGGGCGAGGAGGUGGUAGUGUCGGCCAUGAGCUCCCAGAAGGGGAACGUGGCCCGUUCCCGGCCUCAGAAGCACCAGAACACGUUUAGCUUCAAAAAUGACAAGUUUGAUAAGAGUGUUCAGACCAAGAAAAUGAAUGCAAAACUUCAUGAUGGAGUAUGUCAGCACUGCAAAGAAGUUCUUGAAUGGCGUGUGAAAUAUAGCAAAUACAAACCAUUAUCACAGCCUAAAAAAUGUGUUAAAUGUUUACAAAAGACAGUGAAAGAUUCUUAUCACAUAAUGUGUAGACCAUGUGCAUCUGAACUUGAAGUUUGUGCAAAAUGUGGAAAGAAAGAAGACAUUGUUAUUCCGUUUAAUAAAGAACCAGAAAAGACAGAAAAUACUGAAAAUAACGUACACUUCAACCAUAGAAGAAGCUGCAGAGGAAAUAAAGAAGAAAGUGAUGAUGAUUUAGAUUUUGAUAUUGAUUUACAUGACACAGAAAAUGACAAUCAAAUGGGUUAAUAUACAUAUAUUAAAAGUCAAUAUGUAAACAUGAAAUUCUGAACAAGUUUUCAUUGAAUGCUUUAUGAAAAAAUACUCUAAAAUCCUAACAAGGCAGAAAAACCUAUAGAAAAUAGUCACAGUUUAUACAUGAACAUAAUAAAUUGUGUGUGGUAUUUGAAUUAUAUAACUUUCAUCCGGAGUUUUCUCACAAUAAAGUUUUAAGUGGCAUAUGCUGUAUUUGCCAGUUGAAUAUUGGGGCAUCUUAUUGGAACUCACAGGAGUCGUUCAAAAAGAAUAUACUACCUAACAUCAAACUGAACAAGUUUCAGAAUUGAUGGUUGUGUAAGAACUAUCUCAUAAAAAUCAGAUGACAUCAUUAUUUGCUAGCCCAAAAAUUGCUCAUCAGUGGGUAAAUUUUGAUAGCUUGAUCUCAAGAAAAAUGCCUGCAUGGCAAAAGCUCUUAUGUUUGCUUGUUAUAAAGCAAAAAGUUUAUUUUUGUAUAAUAAUAUUUAACAAGUGUAUAGCAGGUUUUCAUUGAAAAUAUUUUUACAUACCUGUCACAUUUUUUACCUUUUUGUCUUGUAAUCUAAAUAUACUAGAAAAAUACAUAAAAUAUAUAUGUAGAGUUUAAUAAAUAAAUAUAAAGGAAAGCCAUACAUCUAUCACCCAAAUGAAGAACUACUCCUAGAGAACACAACUUAGCUGUGUUUGAUUUCUGUGCUCCUCCCUACCCCUACCCCCAUAAAUUUUAUACCUAAAGUAGCAAAAUGAUACAGUGAACUUUCGUAUCUUCAGCUAGAUUAGGAAGUGGCAGGCACUUGGUUUUGAACUUUAUAUGAGUAAUCUUAUACGAUGCUUGUUAUUCUGUAUUUGUUCUUUAUGUCAAUAUUAUGAAAUUUGUGAGAUUGACCAUGUCAUUGUAAUACCAUUAAUUUGUUCAUUUUACAUUACUAUGUUUUAGUCCAUUAUAUUUACAUAGCACCGUUUAUUCUAAUUUUGAUGUACACGAGUUAUCUCAAUUAUUUUUUCUGUUGCAAAUAGUAUUGCUGUGAGAGUCAUUGUAGUUACUUGUUCUUCUUGGUACACAUCUUGUUUCUUGGAACACAUUGUGGUGGCAGAAGUCAUUGGUUGUAUUUAUCUUCAGUUUUACUGUAUGUAUAAUGCCAAACUGUCUUUCUAGAAAUAUUGUUACCUUCCUCCCUUUGGCAAAUCUAUUUGCGUUCCAAUGCGCUGAAUCUUUACCAACACUCAGUAUCCUACCUUUUCAUUUUUCUCAGUUUGAUAAGGGGGUAAAUUAAUCCCUUUGCCCUAUAAAUUUGUGUUUUCUUAAUUAUAAAUAAGCUUAAGCCUCUUUUAAUGUUUAUUGGUUAUUUGGUUUUUCAAUAAUGGAAGAUAUUUAGGCAUCAUAUGAUAAAUUGCAAUAAUGUUAUUUAAGAAA